AUGGAAAAGAGAAAUAAUGUCACUAUGUUCAUUCUCCUGGGACUUUCCCAAAACAAAAAUACUGAAAUCUUCUGCUUUGUAUUAUUUUUAUUUUGCUACAUCGCUAUUUGGCUGGGAAACUUGCUCAUCAUAAUUUCUAUCACGUGCAGUCAGCUACUUGACCAGCCCAUGUACUUCUUCUUGAAUUAUCUCUCACUCUCAGAUCUUUGCUACACGUCCACAGUGACACCCUGUUCACUGAUGACUGACCUACUGGCAGAAAUUAAGACCAUUUCCUAUAAUAGCUGCAUGAUGCAGCUUUUUACCACUCAUUUCUUUGGUGGCGUGGAGAUCUUUAUCCUCACAGGAAUGGCCUAUGACCGCUAUGUGGCCAUCUAUAAACCCCUGCAUUAUACCAUCAUUAUGAGUAGACAGAAGUGCAACACCAUCAUCCUGGUGUGCUGUACUGGGGGAUUUGUACACUCUGCCAGUCAGUUGCUUCUCACCAUCUUCUUACCAUUCUGUGGCCCCAAUGAGAUAGAUCACUACUUCUGUGACGUGUAUCCUUUGCUCAAAUUGGCUUGUUCCAAUACGCACACCAUAGGUCUCUUAGUCAUCGCUAACUCAGGUCUGAUUGCAUUGGUGACCUUCAUCAUCUUGAUGCUGUCUUACUUUUUUAUUCUGUACACUAUCAGGGGAUAUUCUGUGGAGAGUCGCAAUAAAGCUCUUUCCACUUGCAGUUCUCACGUCAUGGUGGUAGUUCUAUUUUUCGCUCCAGCUUUAUUCAUCUACAUCAGACCAGCCACCACUUUUCCAGAAGAUAAGGUGUUUGCUCUUUUUUAUACCAUCAUCGCCCCCAUGUUCAACCCUCUGAUCUACACACUGAGAAACACAGAGAUGAAGAAUGCCAUGAGGAAAGUGUGGUGUAAUCAUGCACUUUUGGAUGGAAAGUAA